AUGUCUCACUUGCCAACUGUAAUUGUGUUUUACGCUCUUGUCAUUCUGCAGAACAGAACAGAGCUGUUCUCUCCCCGUCACUGCCGUUCGGCCAUUAUUGUGCAUGCUUUAGAUCUGCAAACGCUCAUCCUUGGCGUUUCACCAAGACAGCACAGUUUUACUUUGCAGAGCAAGAAGGAAGCUUUCCAGGCAAAGCUGUGCCAAAUCCAAUUCAUUAUUUAUUCCUGGCACCCCUGCCACGUUGCGGAGAUACUGAGUACACAAGACAUAGAUCAAGCCGUCCCAUUUUCCUGGCAGCGCUUCCACGCUCGUCCUGAAUAUCACAUUGAUAAUAAAUACAAUAAAACACUGAUGAGCAUAAGUAAAGUGAUACUAAUUCUGACAAAGCUGUACGAUUACAACCUGGGAAGCAUCACGGAGAGCUCACUUUGGAGGUCCACAGAUUACGGGACGACCUACGAGAAGCUGAAUGAUAAAGUCGGAUUAAAAACAAUCUUGAGCUACCUUUAUGUCUGCCCUACAAACAAGCGCAAGAUUAUGCUCCUGACGGACCCGGAGAUCGAGAGCAGCCUAAUGAUCAGCUCAGAUGAAGGGGCCACAUAUCAGAAGUACAGACUCCAGUUCUACAUUCAGAGUCUUCUCUUCCACCCCAAGCAAGAAGACUGGAUCCUGGCCUACAGCCAAGACCAAAAGCUGUACAGCUCAUCGGAGUUUGGGAGGCGGUGGCUGCUGCUUAGCGAGUCUGUGGCACCCAAUCGAUUUUACUGGACCGUGACCGUGUCUAACAGAGAUGCUGACCUUGUCCACCUAGAAACCAAGACUCCAGAGGGAUAUGCACAGUACAUCGUCUGUAAGAUGCACAACUGCUCGGAGACGGUGAGGACAAAGCCGUUCCCAGGAUAUAUUGACACCAAUUCCCUCAUUGUCCAGGAUGAAUAUGUCUUUGUGCAGCUGACUUCCGGGGGACGGCCACACUAUUAUGUCUCGUACAGGAGAGAACCAUUCGUACAGAUGAAGCUGCCCAAGUACGCAUUACCCAAGGACAUGCACGUAAUCAGCACCGAUGAGAACCAAGUGUUCGUCGCCAUCCAGGAGUGGAACCAGAACGAGACGUACAACCUGUACAUUUCUGACACGCGGGGGAUAUUCUUCUCGCUGGCGCUGGAAAAUGUGCAGAGCAAUAAGGGUCCGGAGGGGAACGUCAUGAUUGACCUCUACGAGGUAGCAGGGAUAAAGGGGAUGUUCUUGGCGAACAAGAAGACUGACAGCCGCGUGAAGACUUUCAUCACUUACAAUAAAGGCAGAGACUGGAACCUGCUACAAGCGCCUGACUCUGAUCUGCGAGGAACCUCGGUGAACUGUUUAUUACCGUACUGCUCUUUGCAUCUGCACUUGAAGGUGUCCGAAAAUCCGUACACUACCGGUAAUAUCGCCAGCCGCGACACAGCGCCAGGCAUCAUUGUGGCAUCAGGGAACAUCGGCACCGAGCUCACAGAGACUGAUGUCAGCAUGUUUAUAUCCUCCGACGCCGGCAAUACGUGGAGACAGAUCUUUGAAGAAGAGCACAGCGUCUUAUACCUUGAUCAAGGUGGGGUCCUGGUCGCCAUGAAGCACACGUCGUUCUCCAUCCGGCAUCUGUGGCUAAGUUUUGAUGAAGGGCGGUCGUGGAGCAAGUACACCUUCACAUCCAACCCACUCGUAGUGGACGGAGUUCUAGGAGAGCCGGGGGAAGAGACGCUAAUUAUGACGGUCUUCGGGCACUUCGGGCAUCGGUCAGAAUGGCAGCUGGUGAAGGUGGACUACAAGUCAAUUUUUGACAGGCGUUGCAACCCCGAAGAUUAUCUGCCCUGGCAGCUCCACAGUCAGGGAGAAUCGUGCAUUAUGGGUGCCAGGAGGACGUACCAGAAGCGUCGGAUGGAGAGGAAGUGCGUGCAGGGGAAAUACGCCGGGGCAAUGUCAUCCGAGCCCUGCGUCUGCACGGAGUCUGACUUUGAGUGUGAUUACGGCUAUGAGCGUUACAGCAAUGGCCAGUGUCUGCCUGCCUUCUGGUACAACCCAUCGUCCUUGUCGAAGGAUUGCAGUCUUGGGCAGAGUUACCUGAACAGCACGGGGUACAGAAAGGUCGUGUCUAACAACUGCACAGACGGAGUGAGGGAACAAUACACAGCCAAACGCCAGCAGUGUCCGGGGAAGGCGCCGCGUGGCCUCCGCGUCACUACGUUGGAUGGGAAGCUAACGGCAGAGCAGGCACACAAUGUCACCUUUGUGCUGCAGCUGGAGGAGGGGGAUAUCCAGAGGACGAACAUUCAGGUUGAGUUUGGGGAUGGUAUCGCCGUCUCCUAUGCCAAUCUCAGCGCCACAGAGGAUGGGAUAAAGCACGUGUAUCAGAACGUGGGGAUCUACAGGGUGCUGGUGACCGUGGACAACAACUUGGGCUCUGACAGUGCUGUGCUGUACCUACACAUAACAGCGCCCCUGGAGCACAUACACCUGUUGGUGCCUUUUGUCACCACGAAGAACAAGGAAGUCAACGCCUCGGUGGUCCUCUGGCCAAGCAACGUGGGGACCCUGACCUACGUCUGGUGGCUGGGAAAUAACAGUGAGCCUCUUAUCAAGCUGGAACGGAGCGUCUCCUUCAUGUUCAGUGCGGAGGGUAUGACUAGCAUUACCGUCCAGGUGGCCGCAGGAAACUCUAUCCUCCAGGAUACCAAGACCAUCGCCGUCUAUGAGCAGUUCCAGUCUCUACGAUUGUCCUUCUCUCCAAACAUGGAUGACUACAACCCCGAUAUUCCGGAGUGGAGAAGAGACAUCAGCCGUGUGAUUAAGAGAGCGCUCAUGUAUGCUACCGGAGUGAGCAGCAGGCAGAUUCUAGUUGACGUCUUACCGGGACUACCCACAUCAGCUGAGCUCUUUAUCCUGCCGUAUCAGGAGGGCACAGGGGAGAGUAAGAAGAAGACAGAAGACCUGACACAGAUCUCUGAUGUGUUCAUUAAUAAACUUAAUCAGGACAUGGUUCAUUUCGAGCUGAAACCCGGAGUCCGUAUUAUGGUGCACGCGGCCCAUUUAACCGCAGCCCCUUUGGUGGACCUGACUCCGAGUCACAGCGGCUCUGCAAUGCUGAUGCUCUUGUCUGUGGUCUUUGUGGGACUGGCGGUCUUCGUCAUCUAUAAAUUCAAAAGGAAAAUUCCUGGGAUUAAUGUAUAUGCACAGAUGCAGAAUGAGAAAGAGCGAGAGAUGGUCAGCCCAGGCAGUCAAAGUGAGAGCUUGUCACCCAUUGGCACUCACACCCAGCCGCUGGGUCCUGAGCAGCUCUUAGAGGGCAAGUUGGAAACACAGCCCAUAGGAAGUAUUUCAACGGUUGCUGAAAAUCAAAGCACAAACGAGAACCCAACCUAUGUAACUGUCUGAAGGAGAGACGCUGACCUGCGUUCGGACUGUUCCCAGUCUUUGAGAAUAAAACAGAGGUUUUUAGCUUUAAGCCUGACCAAGAGUAUGCGUCAGACUACGUAAAGGCCACAGAUUUUAUGGGACACACCUACCCCUCUUUUAGACUCUCUUUGGUGUUUGUAAAUGAUUAACGACAUAUGCCAGGAAUUUGCAUGCUUUAACCCCUUCACCGACCACCGGGUUUCGCAGAGUGUUCGCUUGGUCUGCAGCGGUGAACGGGUUAAAUGUUUUUGUUUUUUUUAGUUACUAUAGGUUAAACGUCACAGUAGUUUAACAAGUCACAUGUGUAAAUAAAGGUGUUUAAAGGGGAACUAUCAUUUUUAUUUUCCAAUAAGUGUCGUAUUUUAGUAAAUUAUUUCCCAACAAUAAGAUACGUAUCUCCCAUUACCGGUAAAGGCAUUUUGCACAAACUUUUAUGUAUUUUAUUUAAUACGGUGCCAUAACUUUUUGUAGCCGGAUGCCCGUGGAGAGAUUUUAGUCGGUGACUAAGUUCUCUGCAGCCUGUCGGAAAAUCUGAUACGAUUCUAAUUGGACGCAAUUUUUUUAAUUUUUAUUUUUGUAACUGAAUUCUCAGAAACAAUGUAAUUAUAUCUCAUUCUAUGUAUCAUGUGUAAAUUAUUUGUAAUGAUAGUUCAUCUUUCAGCCCUUUCUUGCCGAUUCUUUCAGCUGGACUAAUCUGCAUAUGAUGUCCGAUUUAUCUGGUGAUAUUUUGUCUACUCACCACUAAAGGGGAAGGGUAACACUUGUAUAUAUUCCUUUAUAAAUAAAACAUAUAAAUCUU